CUGUAAUUGUUUCAGGGUUCAGUGUAAACUGAAGAAGUAUAUAUAUAUAAAAAAUAGCUACUUAGAGAGCGUUGAUCUAUUCUGCUCAAAGUACAUGAACGAUCUUACCCUGGACCUGCAUAUUUCACUAGUUUAAGAAAACACGAUCGCCUUAUCAUUUUAUAGCCAUGAACCUCAGAAUAGCACUUAUUUUGUGCCUCUCCGCGCUGUCUUGCAUCGCAGGUAAGGAACAUUCACUGAUGCAAAUCAAAUUUUUCGGCACAAUUAAAUAAUACAACAGAUACAGCUUCACAACUGUACAUCUUUGACUCUGCAGACGAUGAAGGAAUGGUGCAAAUUCCAGGAGGAAAGAUGACGAUGGGGACGAACUCAGCCGACGGCAGGGAUGGAGAAUCACCCACGAAAGAAGUGACAGUCGAUCCAUUCAGAAUCGAUAAAUAUCCCGUCACUAAUUCUGACUUCAGGUAACUGUUAUUUUGAUACAGCGAUGAUGAUUAUGCUACUUCCCAUUAUGCAAAAUGACGUUGAAAGGAUUCAUAAAAUAUGUAUUUUCCAGACGUUGAAGUUAGGUUCAUUUUAAGUUCUAAAUGAAAGUUGAAAAUACGUAUUUUCCGGAUGUUGAAAAUACUUAUUUUCCGGACACUGAAAUCAGGUUCAAUUGAUUCUAUGGCCAAAUUUCAACUGCACAUACAUUCUCAAUGAAGUAAGGAUUAUAUCACAAUGAUCCUUUUUUAUAUCAAUUUAAUAUAGGAACGAGAUUGCAACAUAGAAUAUAUAUUAUUGCUCCCAUCUGUCACAUGCACUUAUGUUAGCUUUUUCAAAAGCUUUAAAACAGGCAGCAAUGAUGUUCAAAGUAGUCCAACCUACAGAAUAAACCGACAGACUACUUCAACUACAAUAACUACAAUUCUCAGUAAUGUUUUUUUCUUGCUAUGUUGUUGUUGAAUGCUCUGGAUAAGAGCAUCUGCUGAAUGACCAAAAUGUAAAUGUGAAAAUAAACACUUGCAAAGCCUGCUGGGUAUUAUUCUAAUUAGCUCCGCCCCCAAACAAGUACAAAUGUGGUCUGUCCGGACUAGACCAGACCAAAUCUGAACAAAUCAUGGACUUCUAGGCUAUGUUUCACAAGUUUGAACAGCACAGUAAAGUACGGCACAGUUCAGUACAGUAGAGCACAGUAGAGUAUACUACGGUACAGUACAGUUUAAUUUAGUAGAGUACGGUUUAGUUCAGUAGAGUACAUUAGAGUAAACUUUACUUUUCUUUACUGUGCUCUACUGUACUAUACUCUACUUUUCUUGACUGUACUGUAAUGUAAUGUAAUGUACUGCACUCUUCUGUGCCCUACUGUACUGUGCUGUGCUGUCCAAACUUGUGAAACAUAACGUACGUCAUGUUUGGCCAAAAUCGAGGCCGGUCCGGACCAGACCAAAUCUGAACCAAGCAUAGACAUCUAUGAUUGGUUCAGAUUUGGUCUGGUCCGGACCAAAAAUCAACGUCCGUGGACGUUGAAAUCGAGGCCGGUCGGCACCAAAACAAGAAAAAAUGACGGCCAAAAGACAAGAUGGGGUCAGUCCAUGCUUAGUGGGUUUGUAUGUGGGCACACUAGUUGACAUUGGUAUCGGAGAAUAUUGAAGUGUUUUAUUGUGUACAUCCCAGGGAGUUUGUCCGGGCACAGAAAUAUAAGACUGAAGCAGAGACCUUCGGCUGGAGUUUUGUGUUCCAGGACUUUGUGUCUGAAGAGCUGAAGAGCAAAGUGACAGAGAAAAUAGAGGUGUGUUGAAAGUCAUGUUUGCAUUUCAUAUCAAAUUUCAUAUCAGAUUUAUUUUCUUCUGAAUUGUGAUAAUGAUUAACUCUCCUCUCCCCCCCUGAAGUCAGCACCUUGGUGGAUGCCAGUCGAACGGGUGUUUUGGAGGCAGGUAAUGAAGUCAUUUUUGAGUUUUUCCCAUCCACGCUCCAUCUCAUAGUCCUUCACCAUUCCAUACUGAAUGUAAAUCACUUCCUGUAUGUAUUACCCCUUUGUGAUUAUUCUACCAACCCUUCUGUUACCCCUCUCUUGAUUUUAAUACCCAUCCCUUCCUCAUUGCUUCUCUCCUUUGAUUCUGUUUCUCCUCUACUGAUUCUUUCACCUCCUGAAUAUCUUACCAUGUCCCUGACCCCCAUGUACCUAUAUCUGAACUACCUGACUCCUCUCCAUGUGUUUGUCCAGCCUGCAGGUCCUGGUUCUGGGAUCCGGGAGCGUCUGGACUCCCCGGUGGUCCAGGUGAGCUGGAACGAUGCCCAGGCCUUCUGCAGCUGGAGGGGCAGGAGGCUGCCCAGCGAGGAGGAGUGGGAGUGGGCCGCACGCGGGGGCCUGCAGGGUGAGUGGGGCUCGCUAAGUCAUUUUCAAAAAAUUAUUUUGUAGUGGGAUUGUCUUUAUUACAAUGCCUACUGAGAGUGGGGGUGGAUCUCCACAAAGAAUAAGCCAUUGAUAUCACCAUAGAAUAAAAACCCAUAGAAUUAUAAUUCUAAGUCUUGCUAAGUCCUCUGCAGUCAUUGUUUUAUUAUUAUUAUUAUUUAUUUUGCAAUUUUUUUGGGGGGUAGAUCAGCUUUAAUAUUGCAGAUAGAUUGUAACUUCCAUCAAUGUAAUUGUCUGCAUCACUUCCAAUCCCCCAUAUGGUUUUUUUCUCUCACAUAUAUAUAUAUAUAUACAUAUAUACAUACAUAUAUAUACAUACAUACAUACAUACAUACAUACAUACAUACAUACAUACAUACAUACAUACAUACAUACAUACAGUGGGGGAAAAAAGUAUUUAGUCAGCCACCAAUUGUGCAAGUUCUCCCAUUUAAAAAGAUGAGAGAGGCCUGUAAUUUUCAUCAUAGGUACACGUCAACUAUGACAGACAAAAUGAGAUUUUUUUUCCAGAAAAUCACAUUGUAGGAUUUUUAAUGAAUUGAUUUGCAAAUUAUGGUGGAAAAUAAGUAUUUGGUCAAUAACAAAAGUUUCUCAAUACUUUGUUAUAUACCCUUUGUUGGCAAUGACACAGGUCAAACGUUUUCUGUAAGUCUUCACAAGGUUUUCAUACACUGUUGCUGGUAUUUUGGCCCAUUCCUCCAUGCAGAUCUCCUCUAGAGCAGUGAUGUUUUGGGGCUGUCGCUGGGCAACACGGACUUUCAACUCCCUCCAAAGAUUUUCUAUGGGGUUGAGAUCUGGAGACUGGCUAGGCCACUCCAGGACCUUGAAAUGCUUCUUACGAAGCCACUCCUUCGUUGCCCGGGCGGUGUGUUUGGGAUCAUUGUCAUGCUGAAAGACCCAGCCACGUUUCAUCUUCAAUGCCCUUGCUGAUGGAAGGAGGUUUUCACUCAAAAUCUCACGAUACAUGGCCCCAUUCAUUCUUUCCUUUACACGGAUCAGUCGUCCUGGUCCCUUUGCAGAAAAACAGCCCCAAAGCAUGAUGUUUCCACCCCCAUGCUUCACAGUAGGUAUGGUGUUCUUUGGAUGCAACUCAGCAUUCUUUGUCCUCCAAACACGACGAGUUGAGUUUUUCACCAAAAAUUUCUAUUUUGGUUUCAUCUGACCAUAUGACAUUCUCCCAAUCCUCUUCUGGAUCAUCCAAAUGCACUCUAGCAAACUUCAGACGGGCCUGGACAUGUACUGGCUUAAGCAGGGGGACACGUCUGGCACUGCAGGAUUUGAGUCCCUGGCGGCGUAGUGUGUUACUGAUGGUAGGCUUUGUUACUUUGGUCCCAGCUCUCUGCAGGUCAUUCACUAGGUCCCCCCGUGUGGUUCUGGGAUUUUUGCUCACCGUUCUUGUGAUCAUUUUGACCCCACGGGGUGAGAUCUUGCGUGGAGCCCCAGAUCGAGGGAGAUUAUCAGUGGUCUUGUAUGUCUUCCAUUUCCUAAUAAUUGCUCCCACAGUUGAUUUAUUCAAACCAAGCUGCUUACCUAUUGCAGAUUCAGUCUUCCCAGCCUGGUGCAGGUCUACAAUUUUGUUUCUGGUGUUCUUUGACAGCUCUUUGGUCUUGGUCAUAGUGGAGUUUGGAGUGUGACUGUUUGAGGUUGUGGACAGGUGUCUUUUAUACUGAUAACAAGUUCAAACAGGUGCCAUUAAUACAGGUAACGAGUGGAGGACAGAGGAGCCUCUUAAAGAAGAAGUUACAGGUCUGUGAGAGCCAGAAAUCUUGCUUGUUUGUAGGUGACCAAAUACUUAUUUUCCACCAUAAUUUGCAAAUAAAUUCAUUAAAAAUCCUACAAUGUGAUUUUCUGGAUUCUUUUUUCUCAAUUCGUCUGUCAUAGUUGACGUGUACCUAUGAUGAAAAUUACAGGCCUCUCUCAUCUUUUUAAGUGGGAGAACUUGCACAAUUGGUGGCUGACUAAAUACUUUUCUCCCCACUGUACAUACAUACAUACAUAUAUACACAUACAUUUCCCUUUAUUACUUUCCAACCCCACCACCCCUUCCCUGAUUUUAGUAAACUAGUGAACAACAAUGCUUAGGCCUCUACUUCCAGCUCAUACAGUGAGGGAAAAAAGUAUUUGAUCCCCUGCUGAUUUUGUAAGUUUGCUCACUGACAAAGAAAUUAUCAGUCUAUAAUUUUAAUGGUAGGUUUAUUUGAACAGUGAGAGACAGAAUAACAACCAAAAAAUGUCAAAAAUGUUAUUUGCAUUUUAAUGAGGGAAAUAAGUAUUUGACCCCUCUCAAUCAGAAAGAUUUCUGGCUCCCAGGUGUCUUUUAUACAGGUAACGAGCUGAGAUUAGGAGCACACUCUUAAAGGGAGUGCUCCUAAUCUCAGCGUGUUACCUGUAUAAAAGACACCUGUCCACAAAAGCAAUCAAUCAAUCAGAUUCCAAACUCUCCACUAUGGCCAAGACCAAAGAGUUCUCCAAGGAUUGUCAGGGACAAGAUUGUAGACCUACACAAGGCUGGAAUGGGCUACAAGACCAUCGCCAAGCAGCUUGGUGAGAAGGUGACAACAGUUGGUGCGAUUAUUCGCAAAUGGAAGAAACACAAAAUAACUGUCAAUCUCCCUCGGCCUGGGGCUCCAUGCAAGAUCUCACCUCGUGGAGUUGCAAUGAUAAUGAGAAUGGUGAGGAAUCAGCCCAGAACUACACGGGAGGAUCUUGUCAAUGAUCUCAAGGCAGCUGGGACCAUAGUCACCAAGAAAACAUUGGUAACACACUACGCCGUGAAGGACUGAAAUCCUGCAGCGCCCGCAAGGUCCCCCUGCUCAAGAAAGCACAUAUACAGGCCCGUCUGAAGUUUGCCAAUGAACAUCUGAAUGAUUCAGAGGAAAACUGGGUGAAAGUGUUGUGGUCAGAUGAGACCAAAAUCGAGCUCUUUGGCAUCAACUCAACUCGCCGUGUUUGGAGGAGGAGGAAUGCUGCCUAUGACCCCAAGAACACCAUCCCCACCGUCAAACAUGGAGGUGGAAACAUUAUGUUUUGGGGGUGUUUUUCUGCUAAGGGGACAAGACAACUUCACCGCAUCAAAGGGACGAUGGACGGGGCCAUGUACCGUCAAAUCUUGGGUGAGAACCUCCUUCCCUCAGCCAGGGCAUUGAAAAUGGGUCGUGGAUGGGUAUUCCAGCAUGACAAUGACCCAAAACACACGGCCAAGGCAACAAAGGAGUGGCUCAAGAAGAAGCACAUUAAGGUCCUGGAGUGGCCUAGCCAGUCUCCAGACCUUAAUCCCCUAGAAAAUCUGUGGAGGGAGCUGAAGGAUUGAGUUUCCAAACGUCAGCCUCGAAACCUUAAUGACUUGGAGAAGAUCUGCAAAGAAGAGUGGGACAAAAUCCCUCCUGAGAUGGGUGCAAACCUGGUGGCCAACUACAAGAAACGUCUGACCUCUGUGAUUGCCAACAAGUACUAAGUCAUGUUUUGCAGAGGGGUCAAAUACUUAUUACUUUUUUCCCUCACUGUACAUACUAUAUACAUUUGAUGGACACAGUCAAUUUUACAAUAAUUCUAUUUAGUUUGUUUUUACUCCUGAACUUCCUCUACCCUCAACCUCUCCAAUCAUUUUCAUGAUGUCCAUCCGCUUUGCUUCUAUAGGCCAUAUCUUUCUAACUGUGCUCUUUCACAAAAGCUCUCAACCUAUAAUUUUUUACAUUUUAGUCAUUUAGCAGACGCUCUUAUCCAGAGCGACUUACAGUUAGUGAGUGCAUACAUUUUCAUAUAACUUAUAUACUUAUUAUGGACACAGUAUGCUUUACAUUAGUUAUCUUGUUGUUAUUAGUUGUUGUUAGUCGUUAUUAGUUCCAUCCUUCAACUCCAUUCAACACCACCCAUCUAUCUCUUAACAACCAUCCAUAUUUGAUUUCUAUUUGCCAUAUAUUUUUCAACUGUACUGUGAUGUUUUACAAAAGUUGUUUUUUAUUAAGCUUAAAAUGAAUAGCCAUUCAUAGAUAACAGCCCUCCUCCAUUCCAUGUUGAUAACAGAACCCCUUCUUCCCUUCAGGUAGAACGUAUCCCUGGGGAAACAAAUUCCAGGCCAACCGCUCCAACCUGUGGCAGGUCAGACGAAUGAUAUCGCAUUCACCAUCCUGAAAUGAACAUUCUAACGUUCUUCUCAACCUUUAAAAAAAAAUAUAUAUUUUGGUUCCUGUGUUCUAAAGCCAAAGUUAGAACUUACGUAACCUACAUCCUACACAAGCUUCCAUGUUAGGAUUUGCUCAAAAAUAUUUUAUUCAUGAUUUAUCAAGUGAUUACAAUUAGUAUCCCUUGACUUGAAUCAUCAGUAAGGUUACUUCAUAUAGCAGUAUAGGUCGUUAUCAAUACAACGUCACAAUAAGGUGCAGAGCGUUCCAUUUAAUAAUAAUAAUAAUAAUAAUAUGCCAUUUAGCAGACGCUUUUAUCCAAAGCGACUUACAGUCAUGCGUGCAUACAUUUUUGUGUAUGGGUGGUCCCGGGGAUCGAACCCACUACCUUGGCGUUACAAGCGCCGUGCUCUACCAGCUGAGCUACAGAGGACCAGUCUUCUUGCCUGCUGGGGGGCAAGAAGACUCGCAGCUCCGCAAAAAACAUUUACAACUGUGUGCAGUUUUCAUUGUUAAAUAAAUGUUAACUGUUUGGUUGUAAUAUCAUCACCUCUAGAAGAGCAUAGUCAGAACUACAAAUGUCUGGUUAUUCCAUACAAAACAAUUGCACACAUUUAGAUCAAUCAUCAGAGUUAUAGGCCUACUGCAAGUACAGUGGGGAGAACAAGUAUUUGAUACACUGCCGAUUUUGCAGGUUUUCCUACGUACAAAGCAUGUAGAGGUCUGUAAUUUUUAUCAUAGGUACACUUCAACUGUGAGAGAAGGAAUCUAAAACAAAAAUCCAGAAAAUCACAUUGUAUGAUCUUUAAGUAAUUAAUUUGCAUUUUAUUGCAUAACAUAAGUAUUUGAUCACCUACCAACCAGUAAGAAUUCCGGCUCUCACAGACCUGUUAGUUUUUCUUUAAGAAGCCCUCCUGUUCUCCACUCAUUACCUGUAUUAACUGCACCUGUUUGAACUCGUUACCUGUAUAAAAGACACCUGUCCACACACUCAAUCAAACAGACUCCAACCUCUCCACAAUGGCCAAGACCAGAGAGCUGUGUAAGGACAUCAGGGAUACAAUUGUAGACCUGCACAAGGCUGGGAUGGGCUACAGGACAAUAGGCAAGCAGCUUGGUGAGAAGGCAACAACUGUUGGAGCAAUUAUUAGAAAAUGGAAGAAGUUCAAGAUGACGGUCAAUCACCCUCGGUCUGGGGCUCCAUGCAAGAUCUCACCUUGUGGGGCAUCAAUGAUUAAUUACUUAAAAAUCAUACAAUGUGAUUUUCUGGAUUUUUGUUUUAGAUUCCGUCUCUCACAGUUGAAGUGUACCUAUGAUUAAAAUUACAGACCUCUACAUGCUUUGUAAGUAGGAAAACCUGCAAAAUCGGCAGUGCAUCAAAUACUUGUUCUCCCCACUGUAACUGCAUGCUUUUCAUGAUCAGAAACAUAAAUUGAUCAUGACAUUUCAGAUACGUGAGGGUAGCCUCACAAUAUACACUGCUCAAAAAAAUUAAGGGAACACUUAAACAACACAUCCUAGAUCUGAAUGAAUGAAAUAAUCUUAUUAAAUACUUUUUUCUUUACAUAGUUGAAUGUGCUGACAACACAAUCACACAAAAAUUAUCAAUGGAAAUCAAAUUUAUCAACCCAUGGAGGUCUGGAUUUGCAGUCACCCUCAAAAUUUAAAGUGGAAAACCACACCACAGGCUGAUCCAACUUUAAUGUAAUGUCCUUAAAACAAGUCAAAAUGAGGCUCAAUAGUGGGUGUGGCCUCCACGUGCCUGUAUAACCUCCCUACAACGCCUGGGCAUGCUCCUGAUGAGGUGGCGGAUGGUCUCCUGAGGGAUCUCCUCCCAGACCUGGACUAAAGCAUCCGCCAACUCCUGGACAGUCUGUGGUGCAACGUGGCAUUGGUGGAUGGAGCGAGACAUGAUGUCCCAGAUGUGCUCAAUUGGAUUCAGGUCUGGGGAACGGGCGGGCCAGUCCAUAGCAUCAAUGCCUUCCUCUUGCAGGAACUGCUGACACACUCCAGCCACAUGAGGUCUAGCAUUGUCUUGCAUUAGGAGGAACCCAGGGCCAACCGCACCAGCAUAUGGUCUCACAAGGGGUCUGAGGAUCUCAUCUCGGUACCUAAUGGCAGUCAGGCUACCUCUGGCGAGCACAUGGAGGGCUGUGCGGCCCCCCAAAGAAAUGCCACCCCACACCAUGACUGACCCACCGCCAAACCGGUCAUGCUGGAGGAUGCUGCAGGCAGCAGAACGUUCUCCACGGCGUCUCCAGACUCUGUCACGUCUGUCACAUGUGCUCAGUGUGAACCUGCUUUCAUCUGUGAAGAGCACAGGGCGCCAGUGGCGGAUUUGCCAAUCUUGGUGUUCUCUGGCAAAUGCCAAACGUCCUGCACGGUGUUGGGCUGUAAGCACAACCCCCACCUGUGGAUGUCGGGCCCUCAUACCAUCCUCAUGGAGUCUGUUUCUGACCGUUUGAGCAGAGACAUGCACAUUUGUGGCCUGCUGGAGGUCAUUUUGCAGGGCUCUGGCAGUGCUCCUCCUGCUCCUCCUUGCACAAAGGCGGAGGUAGCGGUCCUGCUGCUGGGUUGUUGCCCUCCUACGGCCUCCUCCACGUCUCCUGAUGUACUGGCCUGUUUACUGGUAGAUAUAAAAAGUGAACUAUACCUGAAAAGUAAGAGUGGUUUAGGUUAAUUUCCCAUCAUUUGUGGGCUCUGCCUGUCAAGCAGCAGAAGGGUGCAUUUGUUGAUGUAACAUUACAAGCUACCGGUAGAAACUUUGUACAGUUGGCAAAACAUAGUGGGAAGUAGACCUAAUGUAAUUUUUCUCCAACCAACGAAGGCCUACCUAGUGAAGUUGGCCGACAUGAUCCCUUUUCAACAUUGUUAGUAAAUAGUGUUUAAUCACGAUUGCUGCUGACAGACAUGAUAGGCUAUAUUGAUGGAUGGACCAUGUCAAAUUGGCUAGCUAUUAAUAACAGAUCACGUCAAUAUGGCUAGUUAACAAGCUAACUUUCAGGGAUAAACUACACUGAACAAAAAUAUAAAUGCAACAUGUAAAGUGUUGGUCCCAUGUUCCAUGAGCUGAAAUAAAAGAUCCCAGAAAUGUUCCAUACGCACAAAAAGCUUAUAUCUCUCAUAUUUUGUGCACAAAUUUGUUGACAUCCCUGUUAGUGAGCAUUUCUCCUUUGCCAAGAUAAUCCAUCCACCUGACAGGUGUGGCAUAUCAAGAAGCUGAUUGAACAGCAUGAUCAUUACACAGGUGCAUCUUGUGCUGGGGACAAUAAAAGGCCACUAUAAAAUGUGCAGUUUUGUCACACAACACAAUGCCACAGAUGUCUCAAGUUUUGAGGGAGUGUACAAUUGGCAUGCUGACUGCAGGAAUGUCCACCAGAGCUGUUUCCAGAGAAUGGAAUGUUCAUUUCUCUACCAUAAGCCGCCUCAAUGAUGUUUUAGAGAAUUUGGCAGUACGUCCAACCGGCCUCACAACCGCAGACCAUGUGUAUGGCGUUGUGUGGGCGAGCGGUUUGCUGAUGUCAACGUUGUGAACAGAGUGCCCCAUGGUGGUGGUGGGGUUAUGAUAUGGGUAGGCAUAAGCUAUGGACAACUAAAUUAAAAUUGCAUUUUAUCGAUGGCACAGAGAUACCAUGACGAGAUCCUGUGGCCCAUUGUCGUGCCAUUCAUCCGCCGCCAUCACCUCAUGUUUCAGCAUGAUAAUGGACGGCCCCAUGUCACAACGAUCUGUACUCAAUUCCUGGAAGCUGAAAAUGUCUCAGUUCUUCAAUGGCCUGCAUACUCACCAGACAUGUCACCCAUUGAGCAUGUUUGGGGAUGCUCUGGAUUAACGUGUACGACAGCGUGUUCCAGUUUCUGCCAAUAUCCAGGCAAAUGGUGGUCAAACCAGAUACUGACUGGUUUUCUGAUCCACGCCCCUACCUUUAUUUAACUUUAUGUAACUCAGUAAAAUCUUUGAAAUUGUUGCAUGUUGUGUUUAUAUUUUUGUUUAGUAUGAAUGGCUAUAUCCAAAUAUUGUUUGAUUUGCUUGGCAUCUAUAGUUGUGAUGACAGCAGUCCGACUGACAACUUUACCAGGACGAGGACUUGCCGAUGUCAAGCUCUUUCCAAAAACCUAAUCUCUGAUGAAGCGAGCUAAAUUACCCAUGUUGUUUGCUUAGCUAGCAUGCCAAAUGGAUCUCGCAACCCUCACGUAUCUGAAAAUACAUGAUACAUUGAUGUUCACUGUUUGCUGUAGAACUCUGAUGACAGAGCGAAAUGUGGAAUAAUCGGAAAUGUGUAGUUCUGACUAUGCUCUUCGUGUGAUGAUAUUAAAACCAACUAGAUAGUAUAUUGGUGGGACUUGCUUUAACUCUUUACAGUGUUUUUGUUGUAGUGGAAGAAGUUUAAAAUGUUUUACUUAAGCCAAGAAGUUAAAUAUAGUCCAAGUUAAAUUUAGUAAAAUAAUUGGUCUGAUUACUUUGAUAGACUACACUAUCAACCUUAUUACUUUGGAUUGUGGGUCAGUUAGAUCACAUAUUUCAUCACAAAUAACUACAUUCAGACUAGCCUACUACACUUUUAUACACUCUCCUACUAGAAUAUAUGUAAACUGUAAUAAUAGAGUACAGAAGACAAGGAGCAUUGUUGAAGUUACCCUUUUAAGUUUUUGUCUACAAUGGGUUGCUGUGAAAAGUGGUCAAGAUAGCGCAUUAGUGUCAAAAGUCUCAUGCUUAGAAUGUGCUCCCCCAUUGUUAUAAUUUGAAAGUUCUGAAAAGUUCAAUGGCAGUUAAUUCAACAGUGGGAAGUUAGCUAAAUUAGAGAUGUACCUCUUGAUUGGUAGUAGAUACUGUUCUUAUUUCAGAUUUGAAUAGCAGAGAAGUAGACCAAGGUGUCAUACCCUUUAAGUUUGUCUACGUUGUUGGGAAAAGUGGUCAAGGUAGCUGAUUUGUGUCAUGCUUAGAAUGUGCUCCCCCAUUUUUAUAAUUUGAAAGUUCUGAAAAGUUCCAUAGCAGUUAAUAGUUGAUGUGGUUACUAAAACAGCUGUACCUCUUGAUUGGUAGUAGAUAUUUAUGUUCUUAUUUCAGAUUUGAAGAGCAGAGAAGUAGACCAAGGUGUCAUUCACUCUAAGUUUUUGUCUAAAGUGCUGGGAAAGUGGUCAAAAUUAGAAAAAGGUUGUUGCAUUUAGAGUGAAUGGAAGUUGGCAGUGAUGAUGUCACAAUGGGGAGCUUUAGAAUGUUGAAAAAAGUAACAUUAAAGUGAAUGAUGAUGGACAAAAAAGUAUAAAUAAUAUCCAAAAGUUGUAUGCAACAACACUAUUCCAGGCCAGUCUGCACAUUUUAAAGUUUGAAGGACAUUACUAGCUUUAACGGUGUAAGAGGAGUAGCGUGCAUAAGAUUAAUAAGAAGAAGUAUGAUGAAGAUUUAAAGUUGGGACUUUUGCUUCACAAUUCCCAACGAAAUAUUUGGCCUAUAACAUUUAUUUAACAAUCCCUUGAAAACGGCACGUAGUUGUCAAUGGUUUCAGCCGAUCUGGGGCAUCUCCUUCCCCCCAGCAGCCAAAUGGAAAGCUGUUGUGAUGUUUUAUUGAUAACGACCUAUUAUAAAUGAGACAUUACAUUAUUAUCCUGAUGUGUGUUUCAGGGCCUGUUCCCUGAUGGAGACACAGCAGAGGAUGGUUACCAUGGUAUCGCCCCUGUCACUGCUUUCCGUCCUCAGAACAGUUUUGGUAAAUAUCCCUUUAUACAGCCUUCCACCCAGCUUAGCAAAGGGAGAAUCAGAGCAUCACUAUAUUCUUGAUCCAUAUACAAUUCUUUCAGAUCUACAUAGGAGUAGUGGCCAGGGGUAGUGUAUAGCAGUAGUGGCCAGGGGUAGUGUAUAGCAGUAGUGGCCAGGGGUAGUGUAUAGGGGUAGUGGCCAGGGGUAGUGUAUAGGGGUAGUGUAUAGGAGUAGUGGCCAGGGGUAGUGUAUAGGGGUAGUGGCCAGGGGUAGUGUAUAGGGGUAGUGGCCAGGGGUAGUGUAUAGGGGUAGUGGCCAGGGGUAGUGUAUAGGAGUAGUGGCCAGGGGUAGUGUAUAGGAGUAGUGGCCAGGAGUAGUGUAUAGGGGUAGUGGCCAGGGCAUUGUCUUACUUCAGAUAGUGUGAUAAUUCCGCCUGGACUGCCAGUUGAGGUUACGAACGUCACGUAGGAGUGACGCCACUGACGUAGGACAAUGGGCCAGGGGUCCAUUUAGAAUUGGUCAUCAGUUUGUUUCUCGGUCCCCUCCCUCAGGACUGUAUGACAUGAUGGGAAACGCAUGGGAGUGGACAUCUACACCCUUCCCUGGAGCACAACCAAUGUUCGUUCUGCGUGGUGGUUCCUGGAUCGACACGGAAGAUGGAUCAGCCAAUCACAAGGCUCGAAUCACGACCAGGCAAGUGAACGUUUACUCUAUUGUUACUCCUGUUUAAUCUUAUAGUUAUUCUCUGACUUUAUUCAUAACUGCUCCAGGGCCAGUUUAUGUUACUCAUAAAUUAAGGGCUGGACUGGGAUAGAUAGAUCUGAUUAUGAGUCCUAACAUCAAAUGCAAAGCUUACCCAGUGGGCAUACAAUGUGAUAAAGACGUCUUUUACUGGUUGAAAUCUGUUCGGGACGUCUUAUGCACCCAUUGCAUAUGAAACACUAGAACCAUUACAAUUAUAACAAUUGGAGUAAUGCUCUUUUCCAGCAGGGUUUGCAUGAUUCAGCUUGGCAAACAGCUGGCAGAGCGCACCAAAGCGGGUUAGGGUCUUGUGGUUAUACUGUACCCAGUCAACAUGCUGGGCUCGGGCCUAAUCUGAGACUCGGGGGACUCGGCAUGGACUCGGACUAAGGGAGAAUUCUUCCCGACUCCGGCAGAAUCAUAUUACUCUGAGCUCCGGCUAAUGGUACCCUGGCCGAGUCCACUUCAGCUUAUCCGGCCCGAUUAACUUUUUCAGGAGUAGGGCCAUUUGAGGUUUCUGUUCGGCAGGUGUUGAAAUAUCAGUUUUAAAAAAACAAAGAAAUGUGAUAUAUUUCACCCCUGAGUCAUGGAAUUUGCUAGGUAAUUAAAAGCUAACAUUUGUGACAGUCUCUGAGGUCCUAUAGCUAUCAGAGAUGGUCCCUAAUUUAGAGAAUCUCUGAUGCUAUAAAUUAUGUUGCUUUUACUACAGGCUAUGGCAGUUUUUCAUAGUUGCAGUCCACAUAAUUGAAAAGUGCACAUUCACUUCCAUAACAUUUGUUAUAGGCUACCAGCAUGUAAGAUGAACAUGCACAAUAAUACAGGAUACCCUUACAGAAAUGCACUGCAGUAAAACUGAAGUACAAUGUUGUUUCAUAAAUGAUAUCUGGUAGCUUGCUGUGUGUGUUGGCUCCUAAUGGUCGUCUUUUAUCUGUGUUAGCUAAUUAGUUUAUUGUGCUGCACAUUGUCUUCUGUUCCACUGAAUGCUGUUUUGAUGUUCUAUUAUGACUAAUUACAUUUGUUUUCAGAAUUUAACAAAGAACACCUAGGCCUAUGUAUUUUAUUUCAAUAUCAUACUACAAUCACCCAGGUUUUACAAAACCCUAUUUUUAUAGCAUUUCUUUCCAUAAAUAAUGAGUAAAGAGUUAUUGCACCUGAAUUUGACCCUGAAAAUAUUAUAUUUAUAUUAUGUUAUAUUAUAUUUUCCCUUAAAGCUUUUAAUAAAGUAACAUGAUGCAGGCAGCAAUUGUAUUUUAAUUUCAGUAGCUAAAUAAUGAUAAAACUUGGAUUGGAAUCUGUGCCUCACGUACAGUAAUAGAUGUCUGUGCGCAGGCAGCCAGCUUGCCCGAGAACAUUGGUCAACAUCAUGGAGUUUGCUAAAUAUUUUCAUAAAGAAACUGACAAAGAUGAGGACCAAGAGCAAGAGAGGGAGUGUGGUGAUGUAGUGUCCACAACUAAAGAAUCAUUGUGGAAUCUGAAAAGACACAUAUCCCAAAAGCAUGAUGGUGUACUUACUACAUGCACAUGCUAAAAUAAAGGAACGAGGUGGGUAGAUAACUAAGUGUGUCUUUGUUGCAAAGUAUUUAUAAACAAAAAAUCUGAUCUCUUAAAAGUUUCCUUCAUUUUUGUUCUAUUAUCUAUACAAUUGGCAAUAAUUGAUUUUGGCCCAAUAGGCCUGGCAUAUUCCCACUUUCAAGGAGCUUUCUGUUUUGAUUGGGUUAUUUUGCCUGAAAAAAGCAACUCUGCCCAGCCUGGCAAGAGUGGCCCGAAGGGUGUUUAGAAUCCACAAUGGUUCUGUAAGUGCAGAGAGGAUAUUCUCCGCUGCUGGUCUGCUCUCCAGGCACAAUCACAUGAGACUGAAGCCACAGACUCUGGCCAAACUCGUGUUUCUAAAAAUGAUUUCAAAGGCACUAGACUGAGCCUAAUAAGGCAUUUAUCGUUUAAUUUGUAUUUAAUUGUAAGUAAGUCACAUCCUAUAUGCGCAAUUUAUAGACUAUAAUGAUUCAAUACAACAAAAUGUUGUUUAAAUGCUGAGCACUUAAUGUCCCUACCAAUCUAGUGUCACACUCGCAAAUGCUUCACAAUGUAUAUUUUUGUAGGCUAUAGCCUUGAAAUAAUUGAAAAAUAUAGCCUAAAUAAUUAAUUUCUGUUUCUUCUUAGGCUCCCUGUCUGGCUUUUGACCUAUUUAGAGUGUUUACAUGCAGUUUGAUAAGACGUAGCUUAUUUGAUAUGAUGAGCGCUUCUUACAUUCAAGUUUUCAUGUUGAUUAAAAUACUUUUCAUUAAAAUCAUAUGGUUUGAUUUCAAUACUUCUAAACCAAAUGGUAGCACCAGGUAGUCACAGAAAUUGAUGGGUGUUGGUUAAAUUGUGAUUUUAACGAAUGGAGCGAAUUCGGAGCGGCAGUUUUUUUUUUCUCCUGUGAGCGCUGAGCGGUUUUUAGCGGAGUUGUUGGAAAGAAUGUGGAAUGCCAGAGCAGUGCGGAAGCACCUAGUGGAGCGGGAUUUCCGACCGCUUAAUCACAAGAAUAUGACCAACUGGCCGUAUGGUGGUAAAAAAAAUACAUCAUAUUCUUGUCAGUGAAAAUACUUUUAAAAAACGUCAUUUUUCAACCAGUUUGCGACCAGAAUAAGACAUCAUACUGAUGUCUUUUCAACCAGGUUUUACCCACUGGGUAGUUGUAACUGUUGUAAUUGAAAGGGAAAGGGGGAUACCUAGUCAGCUGUACAACUGAAUGCAUUCAACUGAAAUGUGUCUUCUGCAUUUACCCAACCCCUCUGAAUCAGAGAGGUGCGGGGGGGCUGCUUUAAUCGACAUCCACGUCAUCGGCUCCCGGGGAGCAGUUUUUGUUGGGGGUUAACUGCCUUGCUCAGGGGCAGAACGACAGAUUUGUUUUACCUUUAUCGGCUCGGGAUUCGAUCCAGUAACCUUUCGGUUUUCGAUGUACAGAAUGAGGGUUUGGGGAUCGAUUGCUGUUACUUUACUUGGAAAAUGGGCGGUGUUGAAUGUGACUGUGUUUUGUUUCUGUGUUUCUACAGGAUGGGGAACACUCCGGACUCGGCUUCUGAUAACUUGGGCUUCAGGUGUGCUGCCAGGAAGAAGGACAAAACAGAGCUGUAGGGACCAAUAAAUGACGGUGAUAAAGAUUACGCCACCAGGGAGAGCAAUAUAGAAUUAGGUACUAUGCAGUGACGAUAACGUUUAGUAAGAUUAAGACUGAGACAGUGGUGAGGAUGUUGGUAAUGUGCAGGAAGCAGACAUUUUUCUCCUGUGGAGACCUGGGCUCAAAGUAAUCUGCCUAACCUAUGUGUAUUUUUCUAUGAACUACAAUUUCUAUGAUACAAUGAGCAAUAAACAAGAUUUUA